UACUUUGGCGGUAAAAGUUAUUAGCUACAAAAUACGAAUUCUACCUGCAAAUAAAAGUAUUCUAUUCGUUAGUUUAAAAAUAGAAAUUGUUAUAUCGUCAUAAUAAUCACGUACAAAUGGAAAGAUUAAGAGAAUUUGAAGAUCUUGACGAAGAAGUAAAAGAACUUUUGGAAAACUACAAAUUUAAAAGAGCUACAUUUUACGAACCUUGCACUCGAAACAACAUAAAAGAUUGUUUGAUAGGUCUUUCAGAGGAAUUAAGCGUUUUUAACAUAAAUUACAUAUUUAACCCUCAUAUUGACAUUGAAAAUGAUACUUUAAAUACUGAUGCAUUGGUCAAACUUGUUAAUUCAAUUUGGACAUUAUUACACAAAUAUAAAAGUGUUAAAGAGAAGAGUGAUCAUUUGAUGGAACAAAAUCAUAUACUUGAAAAUAGCAAUAGACAUUUGAAUGAUUCCAUUGGAAAAUUACGGGAUAAAGUGAAUUUGGAAAAAAAUGAAUCUAGAGCAUGUGUUGCCUCUGCUCAAAGGGUGUCAGAUCAAUCAAAUGAGUUUUAUCAAAAGUUAAUUGAAACUCGAGCUAAACUAAAUCAGGUUGUUAAACAAAAGGAAGCCAACGAAAAAUGUUUGCAAAACAAAGUAGCAAGGUUAAAGUUGGACAAUGAAAAAUUAAUGGAUCGACUAAGAGGUAAAACAAGCAAUUUUACUCCAUGUGCUGAUGUAUGUGAUGCUACUCUGACGCAAUUGAAGGAUCGAGAAAGAAAACAAAGAACUGUUAUAGCACAACUACAAGCAAAUAAUCAAGAAUUACUCAGAGAAGUAAUUGCCAUGAAAGAAGAGCUUUUGCUUGCUGGAAUAACAGACCUCAGAUUAAAAAAAUAACACUUGUCAGACUAAACCUGACACAAAAAAUGUUUAAUAUUUUUCAUGGCUGGAGCCAGGGUGGAUUCAAACACCCCUCCUGAAAUAAUUUCUAAUCUGACUAUGCUCGUAACUUUGUAGUGUAUGAGUACGAGUUGAUAUUAUGUUCUGUAAUGACUAGUGCAAAUAGGUUUUGCACCAAAAGAAAUGUAUAGUAGAGUAAGUCCAAUUUAAACCCAACCCAAUUAAAAGUAAUUGUAAUAAAAAUAACAGAAAAAAUAAAUUACGGAAAGUCAGAG